UAUAAAUGAGUUAUUGAUCUUCACCACCAGUCUUCUAAAGGCUGGUCGUCCUGCAUAGUAGUAGCAUCUGUAAAAAAAAUAUUUAUAACAUAUUUAAAAGGAAGAUUCUACUAUAUUUCAACACAACAGAAUUGAAAUGAAGAUCAUCGAAACGGGACCAGACCCUUCCGAUGUUUAUCGUCCAGAACAGGAGAAGAAAACUGGAUUCAGAAAUUUUGAGAGUGGAGACCUUCUGGACCGGGUGUGCAAUGUUUAUAAAAAGAUGCACACUUACCAGACAUACGAGUUUGUGAAGCAAAAGCAAAGAGAAUGGUCAAACUGCAAUCACGCUCACAUGACAGUAAUGGAGAGCUUGGAUGCUCUCGACCAGCUGGUUGACCAAUCUGACCCUGAUGUUGAUUUUCCAAACUCCUAUCAUGCUUAUCAAACGGCAGAGGGGAUCCGCAGAGCACAUCCAGACAAAGAUUGGUUCCAACUGGUUGGACUCCUGCAUGACAUUGGGAAAAUUUUGGCUCUCUGGGGAGAACCUCAGUGGUCUGUCGUUGGAGAUACCUUCCCAGUUGGCUGCAAAUUCCAAAACUCCAUUGUGUUCAGAGAUUCAAGCUUCAGCGAAAAUGUUGAUGACAAAGAUCCACGCUACAACACUCUGCAUGGUGUGUACAAACCAAACUGUGGAUUAGAAAAUGUUCUGAUGUCCUGGGGUCAUGAUGAAUACAUGUACCAAGUAAUGACCUUCAAUAAAUGCCCUUUGCCUGAAGAGGGUCUGUGUAUGAUUCGCUUCCACUCCUUUUACCCCUGGCAUACCCAUGGAGAUUACAUGCAUCUUUGCAAUGAAAAGGAUCAGAAGAUGCUACCUUGGGUGAAAGAGUUCAACCAAUUUGACCUUUAUACAAAGAGUACUGAUCUGCCAGAUGUCAAGAGCCUCAAGCCAUACUAUCAGUCACUCAUUAAUAAGUAUUGCCCUGGAAAACUGCACUGGUGAGAAGAAAUUCUGUCUCUAAGGUGGAAAGCGCCAACACUCUACUGAAGAUGGCAAUGCAUAAUGAUAAAGACAACUGUUCAAGUAAACAUCCUAUAUUCAUGGUGGAAUAUACUGUAAAUCUUCCAAAAGAAGAAAAUCCCUGCUUUAUUAUUGAAUAAAGAAAUCACAAAAUUGUUUUCCUUAUUAUCACCUUUUGUCUUGAAAUGUUAAAUUACACAUAUACACAAACAAAGAACAUGAUGUGCUAA